CAUGGAUAUAUAAAUCAUAGCUAGCAAGAGAAUAGCUAUCAGUACACCGAGAGAGAGAGAGAGAGAGAGAGAUGGAGAGAUCAAGGAUAGCAGCGGCGCUGGUUGUUGCGCUUGUGGUUUGUGGGAUGGCUACUGCGGUGGCUCAGCUGUCACCGGUGGCUCAGCCGUCGCCGGCGACCAGCUUCAGAGACUGCUACAUCCCGUGCUUCAUAUUGUGCAUAGUGAUUCCUCCUCACUCUGCUUUUGGCUGCUCUCUCGACUGUCUAAGGAGCUGUAUCAUUCCACAAGCUCAUCAUGCCGCUGCCGCUGCCGCCGCCGCCGCCGCCACUCGUCCGGAAACCCGCCUCCAUUUCUGCAAGCUUGGAUGCGCUUCCUCUUUGUGCGCCAACAUCAGCACCAGGCAAAACCCUAGUGGAGAGAAAGUGGAAAGCUGUGUGGGUUCCUGCUCAGGGCUGUGCACCAGCAACUAGCCGCCUUGUGCCCAACAACAAAAACAACGUUGUAAUCUGCGGAGCGUAAUAGCUAGCAUGUCCAUGCGAAAUGCAACUUAAAUCAUGAUUCGUUCAACUCAAUGUUGAAUACUUGCAAGUGAAAAUGUUUCAGUUUCAUUGAUGUGAAAUAAGAAUGUGCCAUCUUGUUGUCCAAA